CCCGCGAGGGGAGGGGCGGGGCGGACGGUGACGCGGGGCGGGCCUGGGCUUCUCCGGGGUCCGCCGAGCCGCGAGUGGGAGUGGGCUCCGAUCGAGCUGGAGGGAGCGCGCAACAGAUCCCAAGGAUGGAGGUCGGCUCGGUGGUCCGUGCUAUCUUUGAUUUCUGUCCCAGCGUGUCUGAGGAGCUGCCACUCUUUGUGGGGGACGUCACAGAAGUGUUGGCUGUAAUAGAUGAGUUCUGGCUCCUUGGAAAGAAGGAGGGGGUUACAGGACAAUUCCCCAGCAGUUUUGUGGAACUUCUAUAUGUCCCUGCUUUGAAUCAAGGGGAGAAGCUCUUCGUUUGUACCAGCAACUUUACUUCCCAGGCGCCUGGCAGCCUGACCUUGCAAAGAGGUGACCUGGUGGUUUUGGAUGGUUCCACAGCCUCCCCAUGGCUCCAGGGCCGAAGCUGCUGGGGAACCAGAGGUUUCUUCCCGGCAUCCUGUGUGCAAGAAAUCUGCCUCUCCAACUUUAGCCCUCAAUACUCUCAUGGAACCAUGCUGGAGAUGCCGUCCUAUGCCUUGGGCCAGGCCCGAGCAGUGAUGAGCCUUUCUGCGCAGUUGGAGGAAGAGCUGGACUUUCGGGAAGGGGACAUUAUCACCAUUACUGGGAUCCCUGAGCCUGGGUGGUUUGAAGGGGAGCUUGGGGGUCGACGAGGCAUCUUCCCUGAGGGAUUUGUGGAACUUUUGGGUCCCCUGAAAACAAAGAUUAACGUAGAGGAGCUAGGAUCCUCCGAAAUCCACAAUGUGAAUGGAGUGAAAGAUGUAUACUCCCAGGAAGAACAAAAUGUAUGGGAUGGUAGGGAGGAGUUCCCAGGGCCUUAUGGAAUUGCCUUAUAUCAGUUUCGUGCCCUGGAGUCAUCAGAGCUUGACUUUGAGGUGGGGGACAGAAUUCGGAUUGUGGGAGUCCUAGAUGAUGGCUGGCUGGAAGGGGAGCUCCGAGGAAGACGUGGCAUCUUUCCCCAUAGAUUUGUGAGGUUGGAGGAGAGUCGUCCUCCAUCCAGGAAGAAAUGGGAGACUGAAUGCCCAUCGAAGGGGGGAGACGUAGAGGUAUCCAGCUCCCACAAGGCAAUUUCUCCUGCUGUAUGGGAAGAACCUGAGUGGAGCCCAAUCUGUACUGAGGAGAAGCUUAGUCAUCUUCCAGAGAUGUUGGAAGAUGCUUCGGCAGACUCUGAACUCAAGGAGGAUGACGUGCUACUGGGACCUCUUUCUUCAGACAUGUCAGGGGACCCCGCUGUGGACUCAACCAAAGCUGUAAAUGGAGUUUCUAAUAUACCUCAGCCCCCACUCCAACCAAAGAACCAGCCCUGUGGCCAGGUUAGUGGACGAGAGUCCAGUCAGAGCCUGAGGACCUCAUGGGACUUCAGUGAGGCCUGCAGCCCCCAAGAGCAGGAUGAAGAAACUCAAAGUUUUGUACCUGAAAACAUCCUUUGUGAAGACAUGGUCCCUUGUGAGGAUGUUCAGUGGCAAAAACCCAAAUCUCGUUCUUCCAGCUUCAGUGGGUCUCAUGAGGACCUUGAUACUUGGCCCGUCUGUCAUGGGACUCAGGUUGAGCACCUUCAAGGAGGACUGCAUGGAGAAUGCUGUGGGGACCUUGAUUCCAAACUGACAGAGCAGCUAGCACAAUUUGAACAAAGUCUAACCAAUACUGCAGGCCAUGUCAGCUACAGCACCCCGCAACAGGACGAAGUCUCUCGCCAUUUUUCCAUCCUGGAUUUUAGCUCCGAGAAGGACAUUGUACGUGGCUCAGUGGAGCACACUCCCCAAAGGAGGAAAGUGUUACGGCCACCUCCUCCUCGGCCUAGCACUCCACUCUCGGCCUCAGUUCAUUCACCAGCAGGGCAGACCCCGCAAAGAACACCUUCCCCUCAGAUUCCUCCAACUUCUGUGCGACCCUCUCGGCCAGCUCCGCUUCCACCUUCAGGCAGCCAGAGGAAGACGCCAGUUUCAGUAAAACUACGUUCAGAGGGCAAAGAGAGACCAAGCAGCACUGACAAGUCUGGGGAUGCAUCGCAGUAUCUUUUCGUGGCUAAACACAUUCAGGAACUGGAGCGAGAACUGGAUGUUUACAGAAAGACCCGAACAGAGCUCAGUGCAAUGCUGGAGCAACCGCAGAAUGAGCUUGUGCGGGUAGAGACACUGGAAAACCUGGACUUCUGUGACCGCAAGAUCUCUAUCCUGACUCUGGAGUUGCAGGAACUGAAGGAGAUGACCCUGCUCUCUGCCCAGCCAGCAUCUUUGGAGUCGGUGGCUGCUGCAGCCACAACUCCAAACCCAGAGCAAAGGAUGUUGGAAAAGAGGGCAAAAGUCAUCGAGGAGCUGCUGCAAACAGAGAGAGAUUACAUCCGGGACCUUGAGAUGUGUGUGCAGAAAGUGCUAGUGCCAUUGCAGGAAGCCCAGGUGCCAAAUGUAGACUGUGAGGGGCUUUUUGGGAACAUUUAUGGAGUCAUUGCCUUCUCAAAGCAGUUGUUGAACACCUUGGAAGCUGCUGAUGCUGUUGGGUCAACCUUCCUGGGUCUUCGGGCUGAGCUGGAGGCCGUGUAUAAAGUGUACUGCCAUAACCAUGAUGAGGCCAUUGCACUGUUGGAGGCUUAUGAGAAAGACGAGAGGGUCCAGAAGCACCUCCUGGAAUCACUGGAGGUCCUCAGGAGUCUGUACAGUGAAUGGGGCUGUACCAACUACAUCGACCUGGGCUCCUUUUUGAUCAAGCCUGUUCAGCGUGUGAUGCGCUACCCACUGCUACUGAUGGAGCUCCUGAACGCCACGCCUGAGUCCCAUCCUGAUCGCAUUCCUUUGGCGGCGGCUGUCCGGGCGGUCAAGGAGAUCAAUGGCAACAUCAAUGAGUACAAACGGCGGAAGGAUCUGGUGCUGAAAUACAGAAAGACAGAUGAUGAUAGCCUCAUUGAAAAGAUCUCCAAGCUCAACUUCCACUCCAUUAUCAAAAAGUCCAAUCGUGUCAGUAGCCAUCUCAAGCAUCUCACGGGGUUUGCACCCCAGCUCAAGGAUGAGGCUUUUGAGGAGACAGAGAAGAAUUUUCGAAUGCAGGAGCGUCUGAUUAAAUCCUUCAUCCGUGAUCUCUCCCUUUACCUUCAGCAUGUCCGGGAGUCAGCCUUUGUGAAAGUGACAGCAGCACUCAGUAUGUGGGACCUUUGCAUGGAGAAAGGCAGUGCUGAGUUGGAACAGUUUCAGAAGGUCCAUCGCCUCAUCAGUGAUCAGCUCUUCUCUGAUUUUAAAGAACGAACGGAACGGCUGGUGAUCUCUCCACUCAGCCAGUUGUUGAACAUGUUUGCCGGGCCUCACAAACUUGUGCAGAAGCGUUUUGACAAGCUCUUGGACUUCCACACUUGCACGGAGCGUGCAGAAAGAUUGAAGGACAAGCGGACUUUGGAAGACUUGCAGUCGGCACGCAACAAUUACGAAGCCUUGAACACGCAGCUGCUGGACGAACUGCCCAAAUUCCAGUGCUGUGCCAAGGAACUUUUCACCAGCUGCUUGCGUGGCUAUGCUGAGGCCCACUGUGACUUUGUGCGCCUUGCAUUGCAGGAAAUGAAACCUCUGCUCUCACUGCUAAAAGUGGUUGGCAGAGAGGGGAAUCUGGUUGCCGUCUUCCAGGAAGAGCACAGCCGUGUCCUUCAGCAGCUACAAGUCUUCACUUUCUUCCCAGAAAGCACUCCUGCUGUCAAGAAGCCCUUUGAGAGGAAGAGUUUAGAGCGCCAGUCAGCACGAAGGCAGCCACUUCUGGGCAUGCCCAGCUACAUGCUGCAAUCGGAUGACUUACGCACAAGCCUGCUAGCUCGAUAUCCCCCUGACAAGCUCUUCCAGGCUGAGCGCAACUUCAAUGCAGCACAAGAUCUGGAUGUGUCACUCCUGGAAGGAGAUCUGGUGGGUGUCCUCAAGAAGAAAGACCCGAUGGGCAGUCAGAACCGCUGGCUUAUUGACAAUGGAGUGACUAAAGGGUUUGUGUACAGCUCCUUCCUGAAGCCUUACAAUCCGCGAUGUAGCCAUUCAGAUGCCUCUGUAGGCAGCCAUUCCUCCAGUGAAUCUGAACACAGUGGCUCGUCUUCCUCCCGUGGCAGCAGCAUCCUGGGCAGCACUCUGAGUAAUGCCUCUGUGAGUAGCCCACAGAAGACUUCACCAGACUCUGGCUUCCAAGGGGACCUCAUCCAUUCCCCACAGACUCCUUCUGAAGUGGAUGCUGCCUGCCAGGCCCAGGUGGGCCCCACAGGGGGGUUGGUGCAUCCCCCCCGCCUUGUUCCAGCCUCACGGCGCUACAGCAACCCUGACCCUCGCAAUGGACACCCACCUCGACCCAAGGCAAGAGAGGCACCAUCACUGGAGGACAGCAGCUCUGGGAUGAAGAGCAGUGAAUGUAAAGGAAACCAGAUUUAUUAUGCUGUUUACACCUUUAAGGGACGUAAUUCAAAUGAACUGAGUGUAACAGCCAAUCAGAGACUAAAGAUUCUGCAAUUUGAAGACAUCACUGGCAAUCAGGAGUGGUGGUUGGCGGAAGUGCAUGGAAAGCGGGGCUAUGUGCCAUCAAGUUACAUUCGGAAGACGGAGUACACGUGAGAUGCCUACCGGGCAGUGUCGGAAUCUGGUGCCUUAAUCGCUGUUGGAACUGGACAGAAGAAGGCCUUGCUCAGCAUACUUGUCCUUCCCAGGUGGUUUAGACUUGGACAUCUUUGGUGGGGAGUGACAUUUCCUGUGAUUAUGAAAUGAGGUGCUCCCAUUGGCCUUCUACUGUUUUACCUUUUACCUUACAAGGCGGAACUACCAGGCCUGAGCAGCAAUCUUCUCUUCCCUUCAAAAGUGCUGGGAAGUCCAUUCCCUCAUGGGAAGGACUUUAGUCCUCUUUGACUAACAAGGUUGCAGUCUGGCUGGAGAUGAUGCAGCAAGGAGGUCUCUUGCUAAUUAUAAGCCAAGAGGCCUGUGUGAUAGGCAUGAAUUCAGAACCUAACAGGAGCCCUACUGGUUCAGGUGGAGGAUCCAUCCAGGUCAGUAUUUUGUUCCCCCUGAAAGGCCAGCCUUCAACCGUCCACAAAAAUAAUAAGAUCCCCCUGCCCUUCAUUCCCCAGCAACUGAUAUUGAGAGGAACACUGUCUCUGAAGUAAAGCUUGUAAAAGUGCCUUUAUCGUAAUCUGGGAUGGGAGAAUGUUGGAGGAUUUUGGAAGUUGUCAUCCUCUCCAUAUAACAGUGGUUCUCAACCUGGGGUCCACAGAUGUUUUUGGCCUACAACUCCCAGAAAUCCCAGCCAGUUUACUAGCUGUUAGGAUUUCUGGGAGUUGAAGGCCAAAACAUCUAGGGACCCUAGGUUGAGAACCACUGAUCUAUAAGCUCUCUGCUGAACCUACAGGUUCCAUUUAACAAUCAUGAUAAUAGCUGUUGAUCAAUUUGGCCUUCAUUAAAGCAUGGCUGGACCAAUAUAGCACAAGACAGAAGACACUGAAAGGCUCUUCUACUAAAGAUAGAGUAAUAUCGGGUGCAGACUGCUGCAUACUAGCCACCAAAGAAGAUAUACUCAGAGCACCACUACUCAGACACCAUUAAAUUCUGUUAUGUGUUGGCUAAGCAGGGUAAAUAAACUUGGCUGGAAUCCUACUGAUGUCUUAUCCCAGCAUAAUGGUCUAUUAAAUAAGCCUGAAUUACUUUUGGAGUGAUCGUAAUGGCAGCAGGCGGACAGCAGUUGUAAACCACCACCCAUCCCCCCACCCCCCAUAUUGCCCUACUAGCUUACAAGCAGUUGGACAUAGAGAUCCUGCAUCAGGAAACUUAUUGCAAACUAUGAUACAUUUUCCCUUUCUCCAAAAAGACCUUUCACCCACAGCUGUUUAGUGGCUGGUGAAAAUCAGAGGGCAUUGGAGAAACAUCUGGCUUUGUGUUUAUAGUUGAGUGUACAGUGAAAAUAUCACCAUCCAGGAGCAUCAGAGUUUGUGAAGGAGUCUUUGCCCUAUGUUUGGCUAUAGGUACAUAGCCAGACACUUAUCUGAUGUCCCCUUGCUCUCCACCAGACAUCAAAUGCCUCUUUAGGUGUUCAUGAGAAAGAUGAGUCCAGGGGGGAUUUUGGUCCUUACAUGGAAGAGAUGUUGAAUUCCCUUCCUCUGCAGUGACCAAAAGAUUCACUUUCAGUUAGGCCUGAAAUUCCGCUAUUGUUCUCCCAAUCCUGGUGGUCAGCUCCUGCAGCCAUUUUUUCUGAUGCUGUCAAUCAAUUGUAGCCCUUGGAUGCUGCACUGUCUUUUUGUGACUGUAAACUGCUGGAGUGGUUUCAGCCCCUGGGCACCAGUCAGAAUUGGCAGGGGUGGAGUGAAUUCCUGUGCUUGGUGGAAAGGACCCUACACAGUGAAAGAGGUGCAUUUUGUCUAAUACUCCUGAGCUGCUGUUUUGUAAAUAAAAUUCUCUUUCUGAAA